UUAUUUAAGGAAACUUUGAAUGAUUUAGCGAUUUAAGAAGAGCUUGGAAUGUUAAAAUUCUAGUUUGGGCCCACCAGAUGCUCGUGGAGCCAGCCACAAGCUUGUCACAAAAUACUUGUUCUGCUGGAAUACCAAGUAAUUGGUUCACGUGUGAAGAGCAGGGUCUCUCAUCUGAAAAUCUGGGAAGGACAGAAUAUGUUAGUUUAUUUGAUUCAGGCAUAAUAUUGGGCAUAAUUUAAUUGGCUUGUGAAAUUUUUUUGACAAUUCUUGUUUGAAUUACUCUACAUCUCUUGUGACCUAACUUAGCUGUAUAGAAGGCCAAAAGGUGUUCUUUGGUGAAAGUUCUCUAGAUGGCAAGUUUUUAUUGAAAUAAAGGUUUCAGACAUGCAGGAAAGCAAAUUACUUCAUAGAGGAGUAUUUCAAAGGAAUAAAAACUUUCCAAAUUUAAACCUGAACAUUGCUUUAAAGAUAUUUAACAAGGCCCAGAAUAAUCCAAUCUGUCACCAUUUGAGCCUAUUUAUUCACUAAUCAUAAGUGUUAUUUAUGUAAACAAAAAUGGAUUAGCUGGGCAUCAAUUUCUUGCUUUCCCCUAGGGGUGCUUUGGGCAGUUUGUGAGUUUGACAGGGCCACAAGGUCAUGUUAGAUUCAGUCUUAGUCAUGUUGUCGCAUGCAUGGGUUUGGAUUUAUGGCAGGCCCGUCCCACUGGGCCUCUCAUAGUGUCCCAUGCCACAUCAGAUCGUAACCCCGAACCAUUGCCUGGCCUUGUCCGUUGGCUUUGGCACUGAAGCGGGUUGCACAGUGUAAAAGGGAAAGCUCUAUCUGGCAGAAUUUAAAUAGAUUGAAAUCAGUAAUGUAAAAAUCACCAUUUCCCAGUGUUGUGUUUCUUGAAGGCCAAGAAGAUUGGCUCUGGUGAUUACUAGCAUGAUGCUUUUGCUUAUUUUUGUUAAUCAUGAUGUUAGCUGGAAAUUACUCCUGUAUGAUGAGCAUUCAUUGCUAAGUAAAUAUUAGAUGGCCUGUAAGGAUAAUUCAGAUUCCCAGAAUUGCUAAUUUGAUAGGCAGCACUAGUUCAAGGAUGCUGAUUUCUGUUCAGAUAUAGCAACUGUAAUACAACAAUGUAUUAAAUUAAUUUGAAGAUUGGAAUGUUAAAACAGAUACACAGCUAGAAUUAGCAUGGAAGCUAGCUCAUAAAAUUCUCAGGAAACUUAAGAGUACUCAGUAAGUUUUGUGCCCUAGAUGUUUCCAUGAUGCCUAUCAGUCACUAAAAAUUACUCCAUAUUAAGACUUAGUGAAAUGAGGAAAUGGCAAGAUGUUUGUAUGACAAUUUUUGAUAAUUGCCAUAUGUCGUUUUAAGCUCCUAAGAGCUCAGAUUUCCUGAGAAUUAAAGUAGGCUGGUCUUAUGAAACUUUUUUCACAUCAAGUGAACUAAGUUCAUACAAGCUUCUGAAAUCUGCAUUUUACGUUUUGGGGGCAUGAAUAUUUGAAAGACUUAUUUUGAGGUUUCCAGUAUUAUACAUGGAAUUUUUGUCUGCUGCUUUGGAAAGACCUAAAGUUUUGAAUCCGUGCUGUCUUCAUGUACUGGAGAAGGGGGGUGGGUAGCCAGACCUACUGUGUGUAAGUGGAAAGUGCCUAAUCUUUCAACCCAACAUUCUCCUAAGCUGGGCAGCCAAUCUUGUGUGUUUUUGUUUAUCAGAACGGUCCCACUGCUGCACCAAGGGUAUAAGUCUUGUUCAGCGAGAUUUGGAAUUCCUGGAGAAUUGCCUUCAUGAAAAGUUGGAAAUAAUUUCUUUAUAUUCCGUCUCUUAGUUUUCUGUUUUGUUGCAUUUCAGAGGAACAUUAAGAAACCAUGAACAACUUCAGUAAUGAAGAGUUUGACUGCCAUUUCCUCGAUGAAGGUUUUACUGCCAAGGACAUUCUGGAUCAAAAAAUUAAUGAAGUGUCUUCUUCUGAUGAUAAAGAUGCCUUCUAUGUUGCGGACCUUGGAGACAUUCUAAAGAAACACCUAAGAUGGUUAAAAGCGCUUCCUCGUGUCACCCCCUUCUAUGCCGUCAAAUGUAAUGACAGCAGAGCCAUCGUGAAGACCCUGGCUGCCGUUGGAACAGGAUUUGACUGUGCUAGCAAGACUGAAAUACAGUUGGUGCAGAGCCUCGGGGUGCCUCCCGAGAGGAUAAUCUAUGCAAACCCUUGUAAGCAAGUGUCUCAAAUUAAGUAUGCGGCCAAUAAUGGAGUUGAGAUGAUGACGUUUGACAGCGAAGUCGAGUUGAUGAAAGUGGCCAGGUCACAUCCGAAGGCAAGGUUGGUUUUGCGGAUUGCCACCGAUGACUCCAAAGCAGUCUGUCGCCUCAGUGUUAAAUUUGGAGCCACAGUGAAAACCAGCAGGCUUCUUCUGGAACGGGCGAAAGAGCUAAAUAUUGAUGUCAUCGGUGUCAGCUUCCAUGUGGGAAGUGGCUGUACUGAUCCUGAAACCUUCGUGCAGGCAAUCUCGGAUGCCCGCUGUGUCUUCGACAUGGGAGCUGAGGUUGGUUUCAGCAUGUAUCUGCUUGAUAUUGGUGGUGGCUUUCCUGGAUCCGACGAUGUGAAGCUUAAAUUUGAAGAGAUCACAAAUGUAAUCAAUCCAGCAUUAGACAAGUAUUUUCCAUCAGACUCGGGAGUGAAAAUCAUAGCUGAGCCAGGCAGAUACUAUGUUGCAUCAGCUUUCACUCUUGCAGUGAAUAUCAUUGCCAAAAAACUUGUGUUAAAGGAGCAGACAGGCUCUGAUGAUGAAGAUGAAUCGAGUGAACAAACCUUUAUGUAUUAUGUGAAUGAUGGAGUAUAUGGGUCAUUUAAUUGCAUCCUCUAUGAUCAUGCACAUGUAAAGCCCCUUCUGCAAAAGAGACCCAAGCCAGAUGAGAAGUACUAUUCAUCCAGCAUAUGGGGACCGACAUGCGAUGGCCUGGAUCGGAUCGUGGAGCGCUGUGCCCUGCCGGAAAUGCACGUGGGCGACUGGAUGCUGUUUGAGAACAUGGGCGCGUACACCGUAGCUGCUGCUUCUACCUUCAACGGCUUCCAGAGGCCCACGAUCCACUAUGUGAUGUCGGGACCCACAUGGCAACUCAUGCAGCAAAUCAAGAACCAAGAUUUUCCAUCCGAAGUAGAGGAGCAGGACACCAGCACCCUGCCUGUGUCCUGUGCUUGGGAAAGUGGAAUGAAACGUCACCCGGCAACUUGUGCUUCAGCUGGUAUUAAUGUGUAAAUACCAUUUUUGUAGCUGUUAACUGUGAGUUUGACUUGAAUUAAGAGAUUUGGGGGGACCAUUUAACUUAAUUACUGCUAGUUUUGAAAUGUCUUUGUAUGAGUAGGGUUGGCACAGAUGCAGCGAUCUGGAAGAUGAGGAGAUGGGGUCACAAUUAUCUGUGUUCCUAUGGAAACUACUUGAUUAUUUGUUUUAUAUGGAUUUUUAUUCACUUUCAAACAUGCUACUAAAGGGUGCCCCUCAGCUGCUGAGCAAGCAUUUGUAGCUUGUGUAAUGGCAGAAUGGGCCAAAAGCUCCAUGUGGUGAACUGUUGAAAAAUAAAGUAUCUUAAAAUAA